AUGCCUAACCUCAAAUUCUCGAUAACCAGCCUCCUCUCAGAUGACUGUCGUCAACCCUUCGCCAGAUCCAGUUUGAUCAAUGGCAGUACUAUAUAUCCGUACUUUCUUACUGACUAUCUCUGUGAAUACUCUUCAUCGAACGGUUCUGAGAAUCGAGAAGAUGGGAAAAAGGAAGUGCUUUGUAAGGAAUGCGGAAAAGUGUUCAAUGCACAGUACAAUCUCAAUCGACACAUGCAUAUUCAUACUGGAGUACGACCCUUCAAGUGUAAGAUAUGUGGGAAAUCAUUUCGUCAAGCAUCUACGCUCUGUCGACAUAAAAUAAUUCACACAGAACUGAAACCACAUACGUGUACGAUAUGCGGAAAAAGCUUCAAUCGAUCUUCUACACUCAGCACUCACAUCCGUAUUCAUUUAGGUAAAAAACCAUUCGUAUGUGACGUCUGCGGAAAGGCAUUUCAUCAAAACGGUAACUUUAGAAAUCAUCGACUGACUCACGAAGACGAGAAAAGGUUUCAGUGUUAUGGAUUCCAUCAAUCCUACAAUCUCGCCUUCCAUAUGCAUACCCAUACGAAAGAGAAACCGUUCAGAUGCAUAACUUGUGGGAAAGGAUUCUGUCGUAAUUUCGAUCUCAAGAAGCAUACGAAGAGAAUUCAUUCGAUAUCCAAUUCAGAAUAA